GUCAUUUCAAAGCUUGUGUCUAACUGGCCUGGAAAGUGGAAAGAGAAUUUACGAAAUAGAAACAGACGAACUUUCAACGAGCAAGAAGAAAACAGAAGAUCCCUUACAGUCGCACGCGCCACCGUGAUCGCGAACUGCUCCGUCUUGCGUAAGAUGGACCAGCGAUUGCCGAAGACGACAGAGGCGGACCAAAAGAAAACUGAUUCGUUGUCGCUUCCCAAUUCAAGCCUCAAUGCCGACUCCAAAAUGGGGGAGAAUUCUCGUAACGAGCCGAAUGGAGACUCGACCAACAAAAAUGGCGGUGCAAAGCUGGGAUCGGAGAAUCUGCAGUCUUCCGAGGAAGCUCAUCUUGAACAAUUGCAAGCGUCUUUCAGAGGUGGAUCGGGGAGGAAAUCUGUUCAUUGGAGUCCUGACUUGGUGACAGAUUCUGGAGCUUCAAACGGUGGCGAUGAGAAGGUAGGAAAUGUGCGGGAAUUCCUGGGGAGGUUUGGAAGAAGAGUUGGGGAAGCCACCAAGAAAGCUGAGACCCUUGCCGGCAACACAUGGCAACACUUGAAAACGUCCCCUAGUUUUGCUGAUGCUGCACUAGGAAGGCUUGCCCAAGGAACAAAGGUCUUAGCAGAAGGAGGUUAUGAGAAUAUCUUCAGGCAAACAUUUGAAACUGUUCCUGACGAGGUGCUUCAAAAUUCUUUCGCUUGUUACCUCUCAACAUCAGCUGGUCCAGUUAUGGGAGUGUUAUAUGUCUCCACAGCAAAGCUGGCAUACUCCAGUGACAGCCCUCUUUCUUAUAAAGCAGAUGGGAAAACUGAAUGGAGCUACUAUAAGGUGGUCAUCCCAUUGCAUCAGCUUAAGGCAGUCAACCCUUCGACAAGCAGAACAAAUGCAGCAGAGAAAUAUGUGCAGGUGAUCUCGGUGGAUAAUCAUGAAUUUUGGUUUAUGGGGUUCUUGAACUACAAUGGCGCCGUGGAAUGCCUACUGGAUGCCAUGCAUGCCCAGACCGCUGCAUGAUACCGCAUUCUUCCUUGUUUAAGUUCCUCUUCCAAACCAUUUUUCACAGCUCACAUAGUUUCCUUCUGAUCUGACCAUACGAACUGCACCACAAAGUUUUAUACUUUUGCUUCCUAAGUAAAUUUUUUCCCUCUCGCUUCGUGGAAACGAAACAAUUAGGUAACUUUACUUUAGGGUCAUAAGUGUCUUUUUUUCGAAGAAAAGAAAGAUCUUUGGAUGGAUGGUUAGGGAAAGUAGAAUUUGUUCGUUCUUUUUUUUUUUCCCCUUCUUCAGAAUCAGAACUUUGUUAUUUUUACCAUGGGGUCUUCUGGUUCCAUGAUGCAAUAUAUAUAGCUUUCAAGUUAAUGGUAGCCAGAAGGUUGUCAUAAAUUGCGAUUUCUGUUAUU